ACUGAUGGGUGACACUGAAAGGCAGCUCAGAUGGGCACUGAUAUGUGGCAUUGAUGUGGUACUGAUGGGCACUGAAAUGUGGCACUGAUGUGGCACUGAUGGGCACUGCUGGCACUGAUGGACACUGACAGGUGGCACUGCUGGGGCUACACAGAUCAUAAAGGCACACUGAUCAUCAGUGCUCUGAUGAUCUGUGUACAUGUCCCCUCCGCGGGAAUGCCGAUUACUGGCUCUCCUCUGUUCUCCUCUGUCAGCGUG